GACCAUCCCUGAGAUUCAAUGUUUGAUGCUUCUUCAAUGCAGGAUGUCUGCUAACUCAACGAGGCAGGCUGUGGCCACCUUCCAAGAACUCGAACAUGACCAGGAAGAUCUUCACAAAUAGCAGGGAGCGGUGGAGACAGCAGAAUGUCAACAGCGCCUUUGCCAAGCUGAGGAAGCUCAUUCCCACUCACCCUCCGGACAAAAAGCUGAGCAAAAAUGAAACCCUUCGCCUGGCAAUGAGGUAUAUCAACUUCUUGGUCAAGGUCUUGGGGGAGCAAACCCUGCAGCAAACGGGAGUGACCGCUCAGGGAAACAUUCUGGGACUCUUUCCCCAAGGAUCCCACCUGCCGGACAGGACUCUGCUCGGUGACUACCAGGUUCCUUCACUUGACCCAAGCCACCACAUUGCAUAGUGGGGCUCUGGCUGUCAUCACCCAGCGGGGCACUUGCUCAGAAGCCACUGGCUGAGUGACCGCCUUUUGCAUGUUCCAGAG